AUGAACAUUACAACUUUCGAAGAGCAAGAACAAGCCGUUACAAAUAGUUCGCCAGAGUUUACUAUUUUAAGCCAUAGGAACCGGGCACAGCAGCCAGGUCGAGACAGCGAUAACAACCAGGAAGAACUGGGAUAUGACAGGUCUGCCAGGAAUCCAACUCAGACAAACACAAAUUCAAAUAGGGGCAUUCCACAGGCUCCAUUUGGGCUAUCAUGGCCACAAGCGGCUCAAGUUCUAAGCCUGUUCGAUGAAGAGUUCACCUCCCAUUUCCCCUUCGUGACAGUCGGGAGUUAUCACACUGCAGAAUCACUGCACAAAGGCAGUCCUUUUCUAUUUCGUGCUAUAAUGAUUGCCGCUGCGCCAUUAUCUGAAACCGAGGUGGCCAAGGCGAGACGCAACAUACUCGCAUACCUGAGCUUCAGGGCAAUGGUCGAGGAAGACAAGACCUUGGACAUACUACAGGGUGUCCUGGUGAUUAUUGCUUGGGCACGCAGGUGUCACAUCGACAAUAGUCAGGUCACCAAUUUGGCCUAUCUUGCUCUUGGCUAUGCACAUAACUUGGGUAUUACCCAAGACAUGUCAUCAGCUCGAACAAUGAGCUCAGGAGCAUCUGACAAAGAACAAAUGACAAACCUGCUGGAGGAAAUACGGGCUCUUUUAGGGCUUUAUUGCGUUCUCUCAAUUGUGUCAACAAGACAAUCACGACGAAAUCCUCUCGACAUACCCUACGUGGAGACUUAUCUCAAGAUUGUCUCACAAGCACAGGCAACCCCAUCUGAUCAUUCAAUAGAGUAUAUCGUUCGGUUCGUCCAGAUGGGUGAGAGACUUUCAAAAAGCUUUGGCGAGCCACAUAAGCGCACGCUGUUAAGCCCAUAUGCUGUCCUUCUCGAAGGAACUGGAAGUCGUUUUCGCAAUGAUCUGAGUCGUCUAGCAGAGUCAGUCCCCAUUGGCAAUGCUGAAACAUACGGCCAGACGUUUGAGCUUUACCGUUUAUAUCUCCUAGUGCGUCUCUUUGAGCCAGCAAUUAUCGUAGCAUGCCACCCUGACGAGGGCGUUCCUCAAUUCGUCUAUCUUUUGACAUGCUUACACAACUGUCUUCACGCAAUGCAGUCUUUUUUCGGCACUCUUCUUGAAUCGCCCGUUGACCUGCUAUUGCGCCGUUCAAUGCUUACAUACGACCAGAUCCUCUAUGUCAUGUUCCAGGCUGCAAAGCUACUUCUAGUUGAGAUUCCUGACUGGGAUACGCAGUCUAUUCGACAGACGUUGGGGCUCACCAAUAUACUAGAUCAGAUGGUAUCACGUUAUGAAGAAGCCGAACGAUUGCGCAGGGCAGCGGUGAAACAAUUUGUCUUUUCGCCGUUUGGGGAAGAAUCACCGAACGAGGUGACUAGUACAUCAAAACUGAUAAAGGAAAUACGCUGGCUAAAAUGUUGGCUCGAGUCAGGAUUCCAGGGGCUGUGGGGAGAAGUUGAAGAUACAUAUCAGGAUGCAUUGAAACCGACCUGGUCUCUAGGGCUCUUGGAAGGGAUGCCAUGGAAGGUCUAA